ACUCGCGGUGCUUUUGCUCUGUGCAUCAGGGGCGAGAUCUCCACUCGCCAUCGAGAGUCCUCGCUCGCUCCACGGCAUGAAUGUUUGGAACCUCUGGGUUUGCAUAGCAAGGUCGUGUGAUGAAAGGUUAGGUCUGGUGUCUCCGAUAGUCAAUCGUGAUCGUGUAGAGUUUUGAUGGCACAUCUGCACGCGUACGCCGACGACAGCGCCAUCGCUGAUUCGUUGUCAGCGCGGUAUCCGACGAGGUUCGCGCCCCAACGAUAUGUUUCCUAGCACCAACGUGCGCGCAGGAAGGGUAGAUAUUCGAAAAGCGUUCGAGAAUCCAAGCAGAGAUCGAUAGAGGAAAGAUCAGAGCGCCCGAGGCGGAGUCCUCUUGUAGAAGCAGAAAGCUCAAGAAUCUCGUUCACACCACGAGUGCACGCCGGAGCUCCGCGUUCUAACCAGGAAAAUCCGACGCAAAUCGACGACAAAUCGGAGUCUUGUCGUCGGAACUGUGGGUUCAUAGUUCUGGUAACAGACGAAUCGCAAUCGAGCUCGUGUCCAUCAUCGAGAGGAUCUCACUUUGGCACCCGUGACGGAUUGAUUGCACUCUGGGAGGGGGAGAGAGAGAGCGCUUUUCUUUGAGCUGAGCGUGAGAAGGAAACUCGUGAUCACAGGGAGGGAGCAUCAAGAAAACCCACAGGGCGUGGGAGAAAAUUGGCGUCUUCCUGUCAUGACGGAGGAAUCCAUGUCGGUUAGUUUUCGAAAGCAGUGACGUACUGUUACUUAAGUCGAGCACGGGCUUCCUGGCGUUCAUUUCCUUCCAAACAAACCUGGGCACCGGACCGCACGGAAGAUCGACAUAAUGUCCAAGAUAACGGCGAUCAUUCCGGUUUGUGAUUUCAGGGGCGAGAGCGAGCGAGAGUUGUAGCCCUAAGGGCGUAGGGCCUGGUGAGGAAGCGGGCGAGAACAUGCUUGAUGUGGUAUUGACCUCAGCAGCGAAGUAGGAAGAUUUUUACUGAAGUGUUACAGGAUUUCCCCGGACCUCGCCUCUGCACUUCCACGGAGAGUGCGGCCACUCGGAGAAGCGUGGGCGUCGAAGAACCAGAGCGGAGCUGGCACAGGCCCCGGUCAUGGGGUGGUGGGGUACGCGCUGAGAGACCGCGGGAACGCCGGACUCGGCUCUCUGUGAGCUUGUACUCAAUUGAGCUCUCAUAAUUUUACACUUCGUCGAUAUACUCAGAUUGCUCGGGGCCCGGGCUUCUCUUUCCUUCGCUGCUUCUGUUCCCAAGGCUUUCCCCUUGGGUACGCAGAUCACCCAUGCCCUUCUCCCUUCGUCUAGUUGGAUCUUCUCGACGCGAUUCCGCGUGGCUUUCAUCCCGGAUCAUGAAGAAUUUGAGGCGUGGGAGCCUCAAGAACUGAAAAGGGCGACCUCAUCUCAUGUUCGGAUUGACGGACAAGGCAGCAGAUGGACAUAUUGGCUGACCGUUAUCUCUCGGAAUCGACGUUAUACCAUUGUUAAUUCACCUCAAUCUGAGGUGGUAACAUCUUUGCUCUGCAGAUUAUAAGCAAAGUAAGCGUGUCGGGCUCCUUAGUCUGCACUUGAAGGUGAUCGUGUAUGCUGAUAUGCCGCCAUCUGCAGCAGCUGAAUGGCGUGGAAAAGCGGGUGGCUUUCUCUCGUCUUCGAGUAUAAAACUUAGACAAGCUACGCAAGUCGCAGGCUCAGUUGUAGGAGAUGCGGCCAAAAAUGCGGGUUCCAGUGUGGCUGGGGCUGCUGAGCGUGCAGGCUCAGUGGUACGAGCCCGGUGGUCUCUCUUGCAGCUGCAGCAGCAGCAGCAGGCUCAUGAAGCCUCUUUGCAAGAUCGACCUUCCGUACAGGAAAGGUUUCGAUCCGCAAGUAUCAUGCUGAAGAAGCAGUUACAGGACACAAAAGAACUUGCUAUUGUGGGGUUUUUGGACACGAAGGAGAAAGCUGCAGUUGGUUUGGUGGAGACAAAGGAGAAGCUAGCUGUUGGAAAGAUUAAAGUUGAAGAGGCUGCAAGGAAAGCUGCACAACGUAGUAAAAUCUUAAUCCAAGACUGGCGCCAAAAGGGCGCUGGCGGCAAGGGUGUCUUUGGAGUGUCCCUGGAGAUUCUUGUGCAAAGGCAGAAAAGCACGAGGCCCAUUCCUUCUAUUGUGAUCAAGUGUGUUGAUUUUCUAGUCUUGUCAGGACUGAAUGCCGAAUACAUAUUCAAAAAGGAUGGAAAUCACAGAGUGGUCGACCGGCUCAUCGCAUCUCUUAAUGAAGACCCCACUGCAGCAUUGCAAGGGGCUAGCCCAAUCGAUGUGGCGGCUUUAUUGAAGGUGUUCUUGCACAUGCUGCCGGAGCCUAUUCUCAUGUUUGAGAAUUAUGAUGCCUUCGUUAGCGCUCGUGGGAAUGUAGUCAGAUUACGUCAGUUGGUGUCCGCUCUUCCCCCUGCCAACUAUUUCACACUGGAAUGUCUCACUGCACUGCUGCUCCGCAUCAGCCAGAAGUCCACCGUGAAUAAGAUGGACUCCCACAGUCUUGCCUUCGAACUCGCCCCAGCACUGCUUUGGCAAAGGGGGAAAAUGAAAUCAUCUCUCUCUGGUAAGACGAGGCCUAUGGCAGCAGGUAGUUUCAGGACGUCUCGACUCACACCUGUUAUUGAACGGCCACGAGAAGAGGCUGCAGCUUUGUCAGAGGAUGGUGUCAAGUCUCCGCAAAACCUGACACGACACGUUUCUGUUAUGGUGGAUGUGGACAAUGCUGGUUCAGGUGAUCAGAAGAUGGGAUGCUGAAUGGACAUGCAGGCGAUGAUCGAAAUGGAGAUUUAUCAGCACAGAUUCCACUCGAUGACGAUGAACCUCUGUCAGUUGAUUUUGCGAUUGUGGAAGCUGUACAAUGUUUGAUAGACCAACACAACGUUGUAUUCGCAGAUGCCGUUGAGGUUGUCUGGCAGGAGCUCGGAAGUUAGGCGUUUACCGGACUUUCUGCCCUUGUUGGGUAUCCUUGAUAAAUUUGCAUCCUAAUUUGAGGGUUGGAAAAGUACGUUAAUUACGGUAGCGUGUAAAAUAGAUUGAUUCCCCAGAGAUUAGUUAUCAUCUGGCAAGAGGUAAUAAGUCACCAUUUUGUAAUUGCUGUUAAUGUCAUCAACUUGUUAAGGUGAGUGCAAGUCGGGUCGAUUCACUCCCUGGCGAAUGGUAGCACUGCUUUUUUAAUGCUAAACGUGGUUAGUAGCCACAUAUCUUGAGGUGUGACCUCCGAUGACAACCAACUUGACCACUUGCAGUUUACACAAUGCUUCUGAUCAUGGAGCUCUUCAGAUAAAUGUGAUUUUUUCCAAAAACAGCCCAGGCCAACUUUGCUCC